AUGGCGAAUAUCGAUAAUCUAAAUAACCUGCUCUUGGGAUAUUAUGACGCGAAUGUUAUUGAUGAUGUAGAUCUUCUGCUGCUCUAUGAUGUGAAUAGGCGAAGAAAUCCACAUUUUCCGUACUGGAGGUAUGAUAAAUUCGAUUUGGAUCUGAUGAGCGCAGACCAGUGUAAAGCCGAGUUUCGGAUGUGGAAGGAUGAUGUCUACACAUUAGUAGAUAUUUUCGGAUUUCCUGCCCAAUUUAAAUGUUACAACGGGGUUGUUGAUUCAGUUGAAGCGACGUGUAUUUGUUUGAGAAGGCUUGCAUAUCCAUGCAGAUAUAGUGACCUGAUCCAUCGCUUUGCAAGGCCUGUUCCCCAAUUAUCGAUGAUAAGUAACCUGGUAAUCGAGGAAAUUUAUCAAAAAUAUGGUCAUCUACUAAGUAGUAUGGAUCAACCUUGGUUAUCUAGGGAAAACCUUGCUGUAUUUGCACAUGCCGUUCAUAGAAAAGGGGGAGCAUUAGAUAACUGUUGGGGUUUUGUAGAUGGGACUGUAAGGCCUAUAUGCAGACCCAAUACUUUGGGAAGUUUACAAUGGGAAGUUUACAAUGGCCACAAGAGAGUACACUCGUUGAAAUUUCAGUCUGUUGUUGCCCCCAAUGGUAUGAUUGCAAAUUUAUUUGGCCCUGUAGAGGGGAGAAGGCAUGAUGCUGCUAUGCUUGUGAUGUCUGGGCUAUUGGGUGAGUUAGAAAGGCACUCAUUUGCACCCCAUGGCCAAGCACUUUGCAUUUAUGGUGACCCAGCCUACCCUCUACGAGAACAUCUGCAGUGCCCAUUUUUGCAAAGACAAGGUUUGACCCUAGAACAGCAAGCAUUCAACCAGUCUAUGAGUCAGGUUCGUGUUUCAGUUGAGUGGGUCUUUCGUGAAAUUGUGUCUUACUUCAAGCUCUGCGAUUUCAAAAAAGAUCUGAAGAUUGGUUUGAGCCCUGUAGGGAAGAUGUAUACUGUGUGUGCUCUUUUACGAAAUGCUCUAAUCUGCCUCUAUGGAUCAAAUACGGCAACCUUCUUUGAUUUACAGCCACCUGCCCUCCAGUUUUACUUAAUGGAAACUAGCAAUUUAGAUGGAAACUAGUCUCAAGAUCACCCUAUAAAACAGCUUUUUUAAAAGCUACCAAAUUUGCCAAGUUUCUCUCUACAGAUAACACACACACUUAUUUUCUUUUUAUAUUCUGGGUACUUUCAGAACUUGUGCUAUGGUUGGUAGGUCAUUGCUCGUGCUUCAAGCCAAGGCCACAAUAAGGCAAAUUCACAUUGCUGUCAAGAAAGUGCAAAAAGCCAAAUUUAUGCCAUACAGGUUUAAGAAAAAUUAACAAAUGCAUUUUGCAGACAUAUAAUAAUUGUUUCUGCGUGUGUUUUUUUCCAUCAAUUGCACUUGGGCCAAAAUGUUCUGAGUAGGGAAUGUGUUUUCCCAUGAAGCAUGUGAUUAUAAUCUCUCACACAACAUACCAUUUUUUAAUAUUUAAUAUGGUUGUCAACAUUCAAGAGACUUCAACACCACAUUACCAGAAAAAAAAAAUGAGCCACAAGCCAAACCUUAUUUUAAAAUCAAACACAAUUCUAAAUAUUCAAAUAUCUGAAAACCUGCCUUAAAAAAUUACCAACCCUGGCCUGAGAAAGAAGUAAAAGCAAUGUAAAUUUUUCAAUCAAAGCUUCAAAAAGUUUUGAUAUCAGUGGUACUAAUCUAAAGACAAUAUAUAAUCAGAGUGCCUCAACUAGUGGCAAGUUAUAGUUGUUUUCCAUGCAGAAGCUAGACGAAAAAAGGAAUGCACAAGUAUGUAUUUAUUUUAUACAAUGAAUAAAAGGAGAAGAAAAUAAUAUUUAAAGUCUACUGCCUCUCAGCCAACUUUGCCAAAAUGGAAAUAAUUGCAGUAUUUUGUUGCUGCAUCUGCUGCAAAAUCUGUUUCUGUUGCUCCUGCUGUUUUUGCAUCAGAUAAAUUAUUUGAUGUUGUUGGCUGAUUAUGGUUUCUUCAUACUUUUCUCUCCUUUUCCUCUCCUCUUCCCUUUGCUCCCUCUCAAACUGUUCUCUCUUCUUCUCGUUAUCUGCUUCCUCAAUUCUAAUCUCCAUCUCUUUUUUUCUUAACGUUAUUUCUUCUUUCUGAAUCUCAUACUCCUUCAAUGCCUUCUCUCUUAAAAACUCCAUAGUAUUUUCACCUGACCGUUUCCUUUUAUUCUCACUUUCAUUUUUUUCUCGCACUUGUGUCUGACUGAGCCUCUCCAUUGACCUUUUUCUCACAUCCUCGGCUGUCUCCUUUUCUUUCUCUCUGUUGUUUUUCUUCUCUUCAGCUUUCCUGGCAAGUUCCUCCUCUGCUGCUUCUGUAAAUCCAAUAAUAUCUUCCAAUGCCUGGUCAAGCUCAUUCUCUUCUACUGCUAUUCCACUGGCCCUUUCCUCUUGUGCCAUUCUCCUUCUAAAAUCCCUCUCUAUUUUUUCAAACCUUUCUCUCACUGCCCUCUGGUCUACAUAAAAUUUUUGAUUUUGGCAGUCAUUCAACCUUUUUGCCACUUUGCUCCAGCAUUGCCCCCUCUCUCUGCUGCCAAAAGGGAAUUUGAAAGGUUGUGAAACCAGGAUUUCUCUUAAUAACAGAAGGUCAUGUUCCUGGCUCCAUACCAUCUUAGGCCUGGGUAUAAGAAGCAAAGUGACAACGCAAUUACAAGUACCAAACAAUUUCCAACAUAAUCUAAAAUAAGGAUUCCAAAUGACUAGUAUGCUUAAGUUAGCAGUUCUUUUGAAAAGAUAACCAAAUAGAGUUAAAAAAAUAAUAGGACAAUGAAACUCUUUAUUUUAAUUUUUGGCUAUUGUUGGAACAUAUAGGACUUAAAAAACAUUUAUUUUAGGUGUUCAACAACUGUUGAAAUAUUCAUGGAUAAAGACCUAUACCAGGAAAAGGGUAAUUUGGAAAUACAAUCAAAGGUUGAUCAGAAAGUUCUCUAGCAGACAUCAAGAAAUAAUUUCUGUCCCAAUUAACAUUAUCUGACCUGUACAUUUCAUCCAACUCUUCAUCGUACACUUCAAAAGAAAGUUCUAUUUAUCAUUGCCACUUAAUAGUGGGCCUAUAUUUCAGCUAACAUAUACUCACAAACAGCUAAAAACUAACCUGUGGUAUUUCUAGGCAAAAGUCAAUCACAGUUCAAUUCAUUUUCAUUUUAAAAUCCAUGCAUAACAAAUCUCAGUAGGUAUGGGCUUGUAGACUGCUUGUUCGAACAGGUAUAUUUAGAUUUUCAUAAGGACUACAAACUAUAGGUGUCAAAAAAGUUAUUUGGGGUUGUUAUUUUGCAGGCAAUAACCCUUUCAAAAACGAAACGAAUCCAUUCUCAUAAUAUUUGGCAGAGGUCCGAUACAUAAAUGCCACAGUACUAUAUUAUAGUCUAUAAUUGUCCCUUUGAUCACAGAUACAAAUUAGAAAGGAAAAGUCAAGUUGCAGAAAUCGAGAUUAUUCUUUACAAACAGACAUAGAGAAACACCGUUCAUAUGUUAGUGCGUAAGGCAAAAUUCAGCCCAAAACUUCUAACGUAAUUAUCAAUUUUAGUAAAUUAAUAUUAAUAUCAGGCAACAGUCAAAAACUCUUUAUACACACAUCUGCAACUUCUUUGGACACGAGGCGUUGCUGGCAGACAUUGUUGAAUGAACACUAAAACUGAGAAAAAAAUUAUUCGAAUUUUAAAAACGUGCCUAAAAUAUUGUGAAGAAAGUGAGAAAACUAUAUUACUGAUAAUAAUUAUAAAUAACAGUUUGAUUCAAGAAAUAAAUCAAUUUCUUACCUGCGUAGUCGUGAGUACGUUGAAUAGGCUGCAAGCGAGUAGUCAAAAACCUCACUACGGUUAGGUCACAGAGGAAGAUUCCCUUUCGGACAUGCGCAGAUAACCUUUUUGUGGUCAAUCAACCUUCGUAGUCGUGUGCGUAGUGAAAUCGUAAGCUCUCUAAUGUUGAAUGUGAGACCCUUCAGUUGGUCAAGUUUGUCUGUGCAAGUGGCACCUAAUGAUCUUCUGGCAUAAGUGGGUGGUAAUGGCAAAGCAUUCAUUUCACAGAUGGGCAUUGGUGUGCUUGUAUCAGUUUCUUCUUCCUUUAUCUCAUCUAUUGUGGCAAUAUCCAAAUUUGCAUCGGCUGUUGGUGUUUCAUCACUGUAGAUGGCACACUGAGGAUCCAAGGUGAAGUAGGGGGCAUCUCGAUAUGCUGCUGGUAAGUCCUCCCAAGAAUACUUUUGCAUAUGUAAUAUGAUUGCAAACAUGUGCUUACAAGGUAGAAAAUUUUGCUUCCAGUCAUGACAUUGACAACAUCACAUACCAUUUGCGUUUAACUGCACAAUGUAUCCAGCUUCAUGUCUGAUCCCUGACUUUUUACUCUUACAACCCCUUCUUUCUCUUCACAGAUGCUGAUGGAUGAAAUGCAGCUUGCCAGUGCAAUCUUCUCCAUGCAAUGAGCGACAAAUUUUCGUGGCCUGUCCUUCAAAUAGUUAGGUAUCCAAGAAGUAUAGCUUCUGUAACCGCUGGAGUAUUGAGCAUUUAAAGAUGAGUACCUAAGAAUAGAGUGUUGUUGAUUAGCAGCUACUAGAUAUAGUUUUUCCAUGGUAAAGCCUGCUGUAGAAGAACCUGUUUUAAAUCAAAUAAAAAUAAUGACAAUAAUGACAGCAUAGUUACUAUUUUCUUUUUAAAGUAGGAAUUAUGUAUUUUUUCUGUAUCUUGUAUAAUACUAACCUUUUGUAUCUUUCUGGAAAAAACUGGUCAAUUAGAACCGUGGCCAUUCUGCUUAUGGUGUUCUUGCGCUUCUUUCAAAGGUAUUCGUACUUAAAGCUUUUAUUUUGCCUUUCAAUCCCAUUGUUUGUCUUGACAAGUAUUUGGAAAGCAUUUUGUCUGAAUGCACAGACCCAUCGCUAAGGAGAAAAAGAGUUUUUUAAAUUACCGCUGAAAAUCAAAGGUCAAUGACACUAAGUCUCUAAUAUUUGAAUCAACUAGCAACUCCGUAAUAAGUUGAUUUCAAAUAGUUUGUCAAAUAGAAAGAAUGUCAAAUAGUUUCAUACCAGCUCCCUCUAUUCAGCGUUUAGCUAUUAAAGCUAGAUGGUCAGUAAGAGCCAGUAUAUAAUUCCUUGUUAACUGAUUUCGUACAGUUUGCAGUUAAAAUAUUGUUGCUAUAUAUAUAUAUAUAUGUAU